CAGUUGCUGCGCGCGCACGGGUUUUUCGUUUCGUCGUCCGUUCGUUUUUAAAAACAAGGUGUUUUCUUUUUCUUGGUUUUUCCGUUGGUUGGUGUUACGCACCCCCACCCCAAUGGCCAUUAGUGCCAAUCAGUGAUGAGCUUCGUUUUGCUCCGAUUUGCAUAAUUUUCGGGUGUAUCGGCGAUUUCGUGACCAAUUAGUGGGUCCCCACUUAGGUUUGGCAAAUUCUUCGCCAAAUUUCUUUGCGCGAGUGAGUUAAUAAAAAUUUCGCGAAAACUGCUGAAUUAUUCAUUCUGGUGAAUUUCUCCUCAUUCGAAAGGGGACGGCCUGCGAGGGGGCCAAAAUGGCAAGUGCUGGAAGUGUGUUCACGUGUUUUGUCCGCCAGCUAAACGACCAGGACGACGUGUGAGGGCCUGCUGUGCCAACCUUUCCCUGGAUAGAACCGAAAGAAAAAAAAAAAGGAUCAAACUUGGCCAAAUCUUGGCAAAAGAAACGAAUCCUAGCAUCCUUGCUGGAUUGAAAAAGAAAAAGUGCUUUUAUGGUUUUAUUGGUGAGCGAAACGAAUUUCGGGUCGAUUUUUCGACACACUUGAGGAAAAGUGAAAAUCGGCAAAGUGAGUGCCCUAAGACAAGUGCAAUUUUCAAACCGAAAUUUACAAUUACACAUCUUUUUACAACAAGUGCAGACCACUUGACGAAACGAAACGAAACGACGACUUGGAAGGAAAAAAAAGUUCGCCAUCAUUACGCGUUGAAUAAAUAGAAAGAGAGUGAUUAAGUGUGUUUGUGUCUCUGCCUUUAAGUGGUGGUAGUUAAUUGAUUGCAAGGCGAAGAGGGUUGGCAAUUUAGUCGGAUUUUGGCAACACUCGCAACGACAAAAGAGAAAGAGAGGGGGGAAAUUCCGAAAAAGGAUUGUUUUACGACUCUUUUCUUUACGACGCACAUACGCACAAGGAACACGAACCUGUGAGUGUGUAAUCGGUUUUUUUCUACGUUUUUGUUUUUUGGGAACGUCGACGAACGAGUUUUGGAGUGCCGCAGAAAAUAGUCAAGAUGGCUUGUGGUAUCUCCUGCGUGGACGCCGCGCUCAAUCGGUCCUUCUUCCGGCUGGGAGUCUUCAUCGGACGCCAUCCGGGCUACUUUCUGAUAGUGCCCGUGCUGCUGGCCCUGCUGUGCAUGACCGGCUACCAACAGAUCAAGUACGAGAUCGACCCCGAGUACCUGUUCUCGCCGAUCCGGGGCGAGGGCAAGUCCGAGCGUGCCAUCGUCGAGAACUACUUCAAGGUCAACUACACACACCGGUUCAACGUGGGCCGCAUCACCAGACCGGGACGCUUCGGUCGGGUGAUUGUGUACGCGAAGGACGACGACAAGAAUCUGCUGCGGAGCGAGGUGUGGAAGGAGCUCCGGCUGCUGGACGGGAUCAUUCAGAAUGCAACGGCCGAGUACGACGGCGAUCGGUUCACGUUCCGGGAGACGUGCGCCCGGUGGGAGAACGAGUGCUUCACCAACGAUAUUCUUAAUUUGGAUCAGAUUAUCGAUGAGGUGGAAGCCGGCGACCUGAACCUCACCUUCCCGGUCAUGUUCAACCCGGUCACGUGGGACGCGCACGUCUUCCCGGUGUUCUUCGGCGGCACGCAGGUCUCCGAGGACAACAUCAUCAUCUCCGUCCCCUCGCUGCAGCUGGUGUAUUUUGUGACGGCGGACUCGAAACGGCAGGACGCCCGGGGUGCGGCCUGGGAGGAAGCCUUCCUGGAGGCCGUCGGGUACGCAGAAGACAACGGCGUCUUCAAGCACAUCUCCGUGGCCCGGUUCGCGUCCCGGACGCUCGAUCACGAACUCGAGAAGAACACCCGGACGGUCGUGCCGUACUUUAGCUCGACCUUCAUCCUGAUGGCGGUAUUCAGCAUUGUGACGUGCAUGAUGGGUGACGUGGUGCGGUCGAAGCCGUGGCUCGGACUCAUGGGCAACGUGUCGGCGGUGAUGGCAACGAUGGCCGCUUUCGGGCUGGCCAUGUAUCUUGGCGUCGAGUUCAUCGGCAUUAAUCUGGCGGCACCGUUUCUAAUGAUCGGAAUCGGUAUCGACGACACGUUCGUCAUGCUGGCGGCCUGGCGCCGAACCUCGGUCAAGUUGUCCGUGCCGGAACGCAUGGGCCACAUGAUGUCCGAGGCGGCCGUCUCGAUCACCAUCACCUCGCUCACCGACAUGCUGUCGUUCUGGAUCGGCAUCGCGUGCCCCUUCCCGUCGGUGCAGAUCUUCUGCACCUACAGUGGGCUGGCCGUGUGCUUUACCUACCUGUGGCACGUGACCUUCUUCGCCGCCUGUAUGGCCGUGUCCGGCCACUGCGAGUUCAAAAAUCUGCACGCCAUCUUCGGCUACCGGGUGCUGCCGGAAUCGGUCGCCAUCAAAGAGAAACGCUCCUGGUUCACGAGGAAGUUCAACACGGGUGGAAUCAACAGGGACGACCCGGACAACCCGAUCGACAACAAGGAGCACCUGCUGAUGAAGUUCUUCCGCGAGAAGGUCGCCAGCGUGCUGAACCGGGGCUGGGUCAAGGCGCUGAUCAUCCUGAUCUUUGCGGCCUACCUGGGCGGUGCCUGCUUCGGACUGACCAAGAUCAAGGAGGGCCUGGAGCGACGCAAGCUGUCCAAGGCGGACUCGUACUCGGUCAAGUUCUUUGAUUUGGAAGAUGAGUACUACCGGGAGUUCCCGUACCGCAUCCAGGUGAUCGUGACCGGCGAGCUGAACUACUCCGAUCCGAACACGCAAGCGCAGAUCGAGGAUCUGAUGCAGUCGCUGGAGAACACGUCCUACAUUACGACACCGCUGUACAGCGAGUCGUGGCUGCGGUCGUUCAUCUCGUACGUCGAUAGGAAUAACGACUAUCUGAAUCUGACGCUGGACAGCGAAGAGUCGUUCAUCGCGGCGUUGAAGGAGAUCUGGCUGUUCCCGGCGAAUCCGUUCUCGCUGGACGUAAAGUUCAGCGCCGACGGCAAGCGCAUCGAGGCGUCCCGAUUUAUGAUCCAGGCGAUCAACAUUACCGACACAAACCACGAGAAGGUCAUGGUGAAGGAUCUGCGUGCGAUCGCCAAGGCGUCACCGCUGAACGCAACCGUGUUCCAUCCGUACUUUGUGUUCUUCGAUCAGUUUGAGCUUGUGCGACCUACCGCAAUCCAGUCGAUGGUCGUUGGUGCGCUGAUCAUGAUGUUGGUGUCGUUCAUCUUUAUUCCGAACUUCCUGUGCUCGCUGUGGGUAGCGUUCUCGAUCGUGAGCAUCGAGCUCGGAGUCGCCGGUUACAUGAGUCUGUGGGACGUAAAUCUGGACUCGAUCUCGAUGAUCAACCUGAUCAUGUGCAUCGGCUUUUCGGUGGACUUUACGGCGCACAUCUGCUACACGUACAUGUCGAGCAAGGCACGGACACCGGACGAGCGAGUGCGGGAAACGCUGUACGGAAUGGGUAUGCCGAUCGUGCAGGGCAGUGUCAGUACGAUCUUGGGUAUUAUCGCACUGCUGCUAGCGGAGAGCUACAUCUUCCUGGUGUUCUUCAAGAUGGUCUUCUUGGUGAUCUUCUUCGGGGCUAUGCACGGGCUGUUCCUGCUGCCGGUUCUGCUAUCGCUGUUCGGACCAGGAUCGUGCACUUCGUACCCCGACGAUGAUCACAAGAUGUCAUCGGUAGAAAAGGCAUACCCACAUCCGUACUGCAUUUCGCAUCCACAACUCGCUCUGACCGGUGCCUUCGGCAGCAAGACCUUCCUGGGAGCCCCCUACAAAGCAUACGGAGACGAGAAAGACCUCGGCCUCGGAACAUCCGGUGAAGACUCCAGCGAGAGUUCGAGCAGCAAGUCGCAGCGCCGCCAGGCACUCGAAGAUGAAAACACUCGACGCCGCUACGAGGAAGGCUGGCGAAGAUCAUCGCACAACCUAACCGGCCAGAGUCAGUUCCAACCCGUGCUGGACCUGUACGGCCAGGAGUCGCUGUGGCCUGCCAAAACUGCACCCAAACCGGCGCCCAAACCUCCAGCAAAGGUCGCAAACGGACGCUACGUCGCCGGCUACGACGACAUGGUGAACAUUGCGCAAGGCCAAACCUCAUCCAACAAGAAAAAGUUCGAGUACGAAGCCGACCGCGAGCGUGACCGGCGAAAGUCGGAGGAAACCCGAACGGCCGCCCCCCGCAAGCCUCGCUACGAAGACAACCGAACGUUCCAGCAAGACGACGAAGUGCUGGACGACGAAUACCAGCACACCAACCGGUACUACAUGUACGACACCAGCCACGUGAAGCGCCUGUCCAACGACAGCGCCAACAGCGGCAGCGACAGCAACAACAGCCACCGGAAGUACUCGGACGAGAGCGACCAGAACAAGCGGCGACGGUUCAGCGACGAGCGCCGACCACGAAAGUACUCUCCGCCGGAGGGAAUCUACAAGCAGAACCCGAACGCCCGUUCGUCCUCGCAGCACAAUCUGUACUACCCGCGGCAGCCGCCCCAGCGGACCGCGUCCCAGAACAGUCUGCACCAGCUGCGGCACAUGGGUGACAUGAGAUUUCCUUGAGCAGGCAGGUGUCCGGAACUUCCGGUAGAGCCCUAAUUAGAGUGCGCGCGCGCAGUGGAUCUAGAACUUUAAGUAGGCAAUUUAAAGAUGACUAUUUCCCUCUUUUUUCCUUUUCUUUAUAAAUCCCAACUUCUACAAGUCCUGUUUUUUGCUCAAAUGAUAGUUACGCGUUUAAGUUAUACACCCCUGGCCACGGAACGUUUCCAGCCCUGCGUUUGACAGUUUGCCACCUUACGCAUUGUGCGGCUUGAAUUGAUCAAAGUUGACACGGUGAAGGUAAGAUAAAACUGCCAAACGCAAGGUUGGUAUCAAAUCUGAAUUUCUUCCAACACGAAAUCAAUUUUCCUGCAUUACUCCACAAUUUCUCGGAAGAAUCUCUUGGCCGAAUCUUAUUGUAAUAUAUUAGUGGGAAAUCGAAUAUCAGUGUGUUUGCGGUGGAAUGAUUGCGGCAGUCGAAUAAACUAGAUAAAAUUAGGGUGUCUAAUUGUUCGAGUUGGAGUGAGUGCGACUGCGUGUGAAACAAUUUAAUAUAUUUUGAAUGAACGAAACUCGAUUAAUUUAAUACUAAGCAGAAAAGUGUUGUUCGCGCCCUCAUCUAACUUAACUACAGUGGAAUGUGUGAAACGUAAGACAAGCAAGCAAGAGAGUGUUAUUUAAUUUAAUCAAACAGUUAGUCGUUUAAUGCCGGACCGGAAAGCUGUGACGACGAAGAGAAAUCGAGCGAAACGCAAAAAAGUUCACAUGAUCAAAAUUCAAAUCUCACUACCCGACCUUCGCGAAUUGUCCUGAUCGGAGGAAGGCCACACCAACCUGGUGGGCCAUCGCCUAAGGGAAGAGUUCGAAGCUGGGUUUGUAGAUAAUUUCGGGAAAAAAAGAAGAAAAGUUUUUUGCACAAAAGACGGAAGGACACUUACUGGAUAGUACGGGAGAGUAUCAAUUUUUUGUAGAACUGGGAAAAACAUAUAACGUGUAUUUAGAAUUGUUAAGGGAAUUUAUAAAAAAGGAGAAAAACGAUCAAAAAAUUGCAACGUGUAGGAUUAUUAAACAUUUACAUAAAUCAACAUUUUGUAUCAUAUGAGAAAGGAAGAACAAACGGCUAAACCGAAACAUGUGAGCAUUGAAGUUUUCUUCGUGCUGCAAAAAACAGAUGACAAUAGCCGUUUAAAACUGAGCCUUCGUUGGGUAAAAAAAAAAACGAAUUAUUAUUAUUAAUUAAAUCCGAGGCCAAUAAACUUUGUAUGUAAAUCGA